AGAAUGUCAUUGCCCAGGCAAUUCCCCCAAGAUUAUUUUUGGAAUCAGAACAACUUGGGAUUUCACAAAGUACACACGAAAAUGGCGUACAUUGCCUAGUUUUAUCACACGGCGAUUUGAAGCGUUUCUAUUUGGGUGUAUUCUGAAAAUGGCUAUGUCACAUGGUGGUUUGGAUAACGGUGUUGACCUUGAUGACAUCCAGAACAUGAGCAGCACUGAGAUCGCUCGUAUUGUACAGGGUUUGGAUGAUGUAACGGCUGGUCAGAUCUUCAUGCAGAUGCAGCCGCAGGCCCAGCAGGGCCACGAGAACCAUGGGCAAAACUAUUAUCCCGUCCAAGAGACAGAGCCAAUGGCUGACUUUUCGAUGUCUUAUCCGCGCGGGGUGGGGGCAGCAGGCUUCACCCACCCACCUAUAGAACCGUCGGCCCGGGCCCCACAGCAGCCUGCCAGUGAAGAGCCGUGGGUGGAGAUCUUAGAGCAGCCCAAGUCCAGAGGGCUUCGAUUUCGCUAUGAAUGUGAAGGUCGCUCGGCGGGCAGUGUGCCGGGAGAGAACAGCACCAAUGACCACAGAACGUAUCCCACCAUCAAGAUUCACAAUUACUCAGGAGCGGCCAUCAUCGUGGUGUCUUGUGUGACCAAAGAGAACCCACCUCACUGUAAGCCACACCCACACGCUAUUGUCGGACGCGACUGUAAGAAAGGCGUCUGCACCCUCAGAGUCAAGGAUACCAGCGAGAAAAUUGUAUUCCCCAACAUUGGGAUCCAGUGUGCCAAGAAAAAGGAUGUAGAGGGGGCCUUGCGCCUCCGGAAAGACAUUAAUGUCGACCCUUUCCAGACGGGCUUCGACCACUCACAGUCCAACAUAGAUCUCAACGUGGUCCGGCUCUGCUUCCAAGUGUUCCUGUCCAACGAGCAGGGUAGAGUGAGCAAAGUGGUGCCCCCUGUCUGCUCCCAUGCUAUACACGACAAAAAGUCCUCCAAAGAUCUGGUCAUCUGCCGAGUGGAUAAAACCUCGGGGAAAGCACGUGGUGGGGAUGAAGUAUUCCUCCUCUGUGACAAAGUCAAUAAAGAGGACAUCAAGGUUCGGUUCUACGAGGAGAACGAGCAGGGCAUAGUCUCAUGGGAGGACUGGGGAGACUUUGGACAGGGCGAUGUCCACAAGCAGGUGAGAGUCAUCGUCAUGUAUAUGUACUCUCUGAACCUCUUCAUGCUCUCUUCAGCCCUUCUCCCAAUCAUGUACUCAUUGUACAUAUUUGUUGCUGGACUCCCUCCCUCUGUCUCUCCACCAGGAGGCUCUGACUACAAGCGUGGCUCUGGAGCCAGUGUCCGGGGACGUCUGCACACCAAGCUGACAGGGACCAGAAGGAUCAAACGAGAGCCGGACGCAAACCCAGGCGGUGCGGAGGGUGCAUCGAGCAGCGCGGGUGCGAGCGGGGAUGCCACCAUGAGUCACGUGACGGCCGACAACUCGUCCCUAGGCAGCGUGACCGUCUCGUCCAUCUCUGCCGGCAGCCUCGACUCCAACGUGAUCGCCGAGCUCUCGGGCCUGUCCAGCAGCGACCUGUCUGUGGUGUCCACGGAGAACGGCCAGCUGGUCAUCUCGGUGUCGGGCGGGGAGGAGGGCAGCGGGCUGAGCGUGGACAGCAUCAACCUGCCCACCAACAUGCUCAGCGGGGAGCUCAUGAACCAGAUUGACAUCAACCAGCUCAACGCCUACCUGCAGGACCAGGGUUCUGGGAGUGAAAUCUUGUCUGAUCAGCCUCUGUUGCCUGUGCAACAACAACAGCAACAACAACAACAACAACAACAAAUACUGACGAUGGAGACAGACCCCGAGACAGUGGCGGCCCUUCAAGGACUGAACGCUCAGAUCUGAGCCUCACGGCACAAGCUAGAGAGGCCCUACUAGACAGCCGCAUUUCCCCCACCACCACCGCGCUGCCUCGGGGCCAGCUGUGUUCAGGAAUUUUGACCCCUAUGACCUCGUGAAUCAGCUGCUUCUCCUGCCUCGGCGGUGGUCGCUAGAGUGUUCUUCCCCCAUCCCGUUCAGCAGUUGUUGUAGUCGCUAGAGAACUCGAAGUUUUUUCCACCAAUUAACGAUGAUCCGACAGCAACUUGUGCGCUGCUGGUAUGGGGAGAUCUGUAGCGAGUUCAAGGAAUCGGUGUGGAGAUUUUUUUUUGCAGCGAGUCACCAGCCUCAUGAAGAAGAGUAUACAGAGCUCGGACACACCUGGCUGCUCUACCGCCGCCACCACCACUUUUCCCACCGUGGCGCUCAGUCCAGUGGCUGGGAAGUCUCGUCUGUUUGUGGUGACUAGUCCUGUGGAGAUCUGUGGAUGUCAUUGCCAGCGUUGUUGAUGAUGUCAGUUUUGGCUUGGCUAGGACAGAGGCAGAGACUUCUCGUGUGUUUGUGUGUGCAAAGACUUUUUACCCAGCACAUGAGGUCUAACCUUUGACCCAGCACAACGGGAGGUCGAACUUUUUUCACUUGACACACGAGGUCUUGUUCUUGACAGGGCAUCAUCAGUUGAGGUCUGACCUUUGACUUUGAGCCGGCACAAAGUGAGGUUGAGAUUUUUUUUCCUCUGUCCCUGGUGAGGAAAGUGACUUGGACUCUCUGUCUGAACGUGCAUGCUGUGUUUGCUUCAUGAUUUUUAAAAAUGAUGACACGAGUCUGAGAGCGAUGUGUGAACACGUGGUUUUGUGGAUGGCUCCUCCUAUUCAUCGCCUCAGAGCUAGUUUGUCCGCAGUGUACUCGAGUAAAGAGUGCACGUUGAACAAAACAAUUCUGAGGCGACGCGCUGUUGGUUUUUUAGGUUUUGUUUGGGUUUUUUUUUUUGUGGUGACGCCUCAUUUGCCAGUUUGUGUGUGUGUGUGUGGAUACCAUGAGUGUGUGUGUGGCCAGGAUGGGUCAAGUGUGUGAGGGUACGAUGAGUAUGUUGCCAACAGGUGGGUAGUGAGUGUGAUGUUUUAUCAGAUAGCUGAUGCUGUCUUGUGAUGAGACGAAUGUUGAUGAUUGAAGCUGAAGGAAGAGAAAGAUUGUGAGUGCUUGAGAGAAUUGAAAUUCAUGCUCAAAAAGGCUGAAGUAAGGAAUACACCCUAAAAUGGCUUUUAUAUUUUGAUGCGUUAUUCUGGCACAACUGUUGUUGGUGAAGUUAGGAAGCAUAAAUUCAUGAUUAUUAAGUUGAUGUCACGUCCCCAAAAAUGUGUCUCAUUUUUCUGUUUAUAGUAAAAUGCUAUUGAGGGUUACUGAAAAUCGUGGCUGUUGCAAGAAAAAUGAGUAACUCGUGAUGUUUUUACUCUCUCCAUAAAACAAGGGUCAAAUGAAGUUACUCAAUUUUCUUGUGUCAGCAACAAAACCCGCUGCCCUUUGUACGGAGAGUUUUCUGUGCAUAAUAAUAUUCAGCACGUGCUUUAGCGUUCGUGCAUGCAUGCGUACAUGGUCGCAGGGCCUUGCCUCGAUGAGAACUGCCAUCUAUGUCAUGUGACUGCCUUCUCCCUCCCUCUUUGUAUUGUGUUGGUGUCGGUGUGCGCACCGCCUGCUUGUGGCUGGUACCUCUGUGUUCUGUUGUGACUCUCGCUGUUGUCCACUUGUCAUGGGUCUUCUAGCUUAGUUUUUCUGCUUGUUCCGUGUCCUUUUCAUGUGUGUGUUUGUGCCUCUGUGUAUGUUUUCAUCUAAUAUGUGUGUGUGCCUCUGCGUAUGUUUAUGCAUUGUGUGUGUGCC